AGAUUAUCCAGAACUUCAGGACAAGGAGUUGAAGAAUUCAAAAAUGAAGUUGCGCUUAUAGCGAGACUUCAGCACAGGAAUCUCGUGAAACUUUUAGGCUGUUGCAUAAAGGGAGAAGAAAGGAUGUUAGUCCUGGAAUACUUGCCGAACAAAAGCUUGGACUACUUUCUUUUCGAUCACACAAAAAAGUCCUUGUUGGAUUGGCAAAAGCGAUUCGAAAUCAUCAAUGGGGUUGCUCGUGGGGUUUUGUAUCUUCACCAGGACUCAAGACUUAGGAUUAUUCACAGGGAUCUAAAAACCAGCAAUGUCCUUCUAGACGCUGAGAUGAACCCAAAAAUCUCAGAUUUCGGCAUGGCAAGAAUCUUCCAUGGGGACCAACUCCAGGAUACGACCAACAGAGUUGUCGGAACAUAUGGCUAUAUGUCACCGGAGUAUGCAGUGUUUGGGAGAUUUUCGACCAAAUCGGAUGUUUUUAGUUUUGGGGUCAUAUUAUUGGAGAUUGUAAGCAGCAAGAAAAACAACGGUUUCUAUCAAGCGGAUCAUUUCGUAAACUUAAUAGGACAUGUUUGGCAGUUGUGGAGUGAAGACAGAGCCUUAGAAAUUGUGGAUUCGUCAUUGGAGUCAUACGUGCCCGACGAAGCCAUGAGAUGCAUUUAGGUCGGGCUCUUGUGUGUCGAAGAAGAGUCGAAGAACAGACCAUCCAUGUCAGCUGUUGUUUUUAUGUUGAGCGGCGAAGCAUCUGCUCCAUCUCCUCAGCAGCCCGCAUUUGCCUUGAGAAGAAAUUCAUGCGGUGAUGCUACAGUUCCAUUACUUUCCAAUGGAUCGUGUUCUAUCAACGACGUGACAAUAACUAAAUUCGAAGGUCGAUAACUAAAUUCCGAUGUCUGUGAUAAAACAUGGUCCUUCGGGAACUGAAUCAUAUACGUUGAAAUGAGACUUCAGUUAUAUAGGCUAUUUCAUACAUUUUCAAAUACCUCUUGGAUGUAUCUAAUAAUACAACUCUGUCCAGCAGUUUGUUUCCUAAUCAAAACAUUUUUGAUAUUAAUUAAAAA